AUGUUGAAGAACAAGAUCGCGACGGCGCCCGUGCUGCGGCAUUUCGAUCCAGACCGGGUAUCGGUUGUCGUGGUGUAUGCGAGCGAUUGGGCAAUCUCCGCAGCCUUGGUGCAGGAGCACGAUGGCACAUAUAUGCCGGUGACAUUCACCAGUCGUACGCUGAAGCCCAAUGAGCUCAACUAUGGUAUGGUCGAGAAAGAGAUCUUGGCCCUUCUCCGGAUCUUGGACGUGUGCUACUCCACACUGGUCACGAGGCCGAUCAAGGUUCUAACUCUGCACUCCACGCUAGCAUGGCUGAUGCGAUCCACAGGACUCCAAGGCAGGCUAGGCAACUGGGCGGCGCUGCUCUCUCCUUGGACGCUCGAGAUCGUCAAGUGUACACGCGGCGAAGAUGAGAUCCUGGGUACGAUUGCGGCGAGCAUCACGCCCCGGGAAAAUGUCGACUCGAUCUUGUCGUCUAUCGCGCCGAGGAAACAACCACGCCAGCAGAUUUCAGCGGUGAUACCUACCGUUGAACAAGGCGAAGAACUAUUAGUCGUGAGUUUCGAUGGAUCAGCACGGGUCAAACGAGGCGGUGGAGCGUGUAGCGCUAUUGCCUGGAAAUUACCUGAAUGGAUCGUCGUCACAGCCGAAUCAAAGUACUUGCCCGGCCUAACCGUGAACGAGGCGGAGUACCAGGGCCUGUUAUCGCCUGAGAACGUGGCCGGUCCACGAGUUCCUGCACGUCAAGGGAAACUGAAGCCAGAGCGCGGACAGGAGCUCCUACUGCCGACGGACGAAGGGUCUGUCGUCCGGAUGGCCGCGACGACUCGAUCGCGAACACGCUCGAAGAACUCGACGGAAACGCUACAGCUGGACGUAGUUCAAUGCAUCAGGGCGGACCGAAUUCUGCGAGCGCAGAACGAAGAGAAGUGGAUCGCGAACCUCAAGGCUUACCUGUCAGGCGACUUGGAGAACCUGGACGCUGGUGAAGCGCAAGCUUGCAGCAAAAUCGCGGACGACUACGACGUAGACGAUGGUGGACUGCCCCUCUACUGCCCACGCGCAGCAAGAGACGAUGAUGACCGAGAUCGCUUGGUGAAGCUGGUGGUGCCGGAAGAUCUGCAACAAGAUGUACUUCACCAUUAUCACACGAGCCUGGAAGGAGGGCAUCAAGGGGUCGGAAGAACGCUUCAUGUCGGAUUUUUCCGCGCCUUCAACCGCAUAGUGGGACAGAGACAGCGUGUCACCAUGACGUACCGCCCACAAGCCACCGGUUCGGUAGAACGGAUGGUACAGACUCUGACCAGAGCCUUGAAGAUGUAUGGCGCAGAUUUAAACCAGAAAGACUGGGACGAGUACGUGGAGCGCCUGACGUUCGCCCUCAACACGACGUACGAUCGUGUUCGAGGCGAAACACCGUUCUAUUUAGUCCAUGGAUGGGACGCUCGAUCUACGUUAGAAGCGACACUGCCCCUUGGGAGCACUCCGCACCAAAACGUGGAGCCACGUCGGUGGAGACACAACGUCCAGCGACAGUUUGGUCUUCUUUUGGGCACACGGGUGGUCUCAAGUGCACAAGGCAAGUGGUCUUUUCUCCAUUGA